AGAUGGGCCUCCUGGAACACCGGUGUUUUUAUUUGCAUCAGAUGUGCUGGAAUACAUCGAAAUCUUGGAGUCCAUAUAUCAAGGGUCAAAUCCGUCAACCUGGACCAAUGGACACCAGAGCAAAUACAGUGCAUGCAAGAAAUGGGAAAUACCAAGGCCAGAUUGCUCUAUGAAGCUAAUCUACCGGAGAACUUCCGAAGACCUCAAACAGAUCAAGCUGUUGAAUUUUUCAUCAGGGAUAAAUAUGAAAAGAAGAAGUAUUACGAUAAAAAUGCAAUUAAUGCCUUCAAUAUUUCCUCUUCUGAUGCUGCUCAGCCUUUGGCAUCCUCUCCCUCUCUGCAAGCUGCGGCCGAGAAGAGCAAGGCAGAGAAGGAAAAAGAAAAAAAGAAAGAAGAGAAAAAGAGAGAGAGAGAAGCAGAAAAACCAUCAAAACAACUAGCUGUUGAAAAGCCACAGAAGAAAGAGGAUCAGCAAUUAGAAGUUAAAGCAAGUCCAAAAAAGUCAUCAGAACCCACUAUUGAUCUGUUAGGACUCGAUGCUCCGGCCGAGGCAUCCCUUCCAAACGGAGGCACCGCCGCUGCUACAGCCCUGAGCGAUGACCUGGAUAUCUUCGGCCCCAUGAUCUCUAAUCCCUUACCAGCAGCUGCUGUUCCUCCCGCUCAGAGCACUUCCACCAAGCCAGCAGCUGCCCCCUUAUCUGCUGCGCCCGGGGAUCUCGAUCUGUUCACUGAGCAAACAGCAAAAUCCGAAGAGUCAGCAAAGAAGCAGCUCUCCAAAGACUCCAUCUUAUCCCURUAUGGCACAGGAACCAUGCAGCAGCAAAGUGCUCCAGGUCUGUUCAUGGGAUCGUCUUCCAUGCCCUUCCCCACCCAGCAGUCCGCUCCCUUUCAAGGCUUUCCCGCCAUGGGAGUUCCUGUGCCCGCAGCAGCCGGAAUGAUGGGCAACGUGCUGGGACAGUCGGUGCCGGUGAUGGGGCAGAGCCCGGCCGUGAUGGUGGGCAUGGGAAUGCCCAACGGGUUCAGCGGCGCCGCGCCGAGCGCCGUCAUGGGACUUGCUCAGGGCGUCGCGGCGCCGCAGGGAGCGAUGGCGGCACCGCCGCCGCAGCAGAGCUUCGGCGUGCAGCAGAGCCAGCCGGCGCAGUGGAGCCUGCCGCAGGUGAGGCAGCAGCUGGGCGCGCUGCGGCUGGAACGUGACUGA